CGUGUUCGGCAUUGCAGAGCUCUGUCAGUGAGAGGCUCCGGGCUUCAUCCUGUAGGGUGACAGGAGUAGUUCUCAGGAGAGGAUGAAGACUCCAAGUCAGCUUAAUUGGUACCGAGGGCCUCUGUUUUCUGAAAAAAUAAAUAAAUGAAUACCACUGCAGUUGUCAGUACAAAGAACAGGCAGUUCUCUUUCAGUUAAGUCAUGAGAGUUGUGUCACAGGAAGGGAAGCGAAAGCAAGGUAAUUUGCUUGAGGGAGGUUGUACUUUGUGGUGAUAUUAAAUCGGAUCUGAAAACAGAUAAAAGAGGGGCUUGUUAGAAAUAUUUAUCAAGAAGUAGCUGUGGCAUUGUCUUCUCCACGUCUGCUGAAAUUAUGUUUUCUGAAGUCAAAGUAAGCGAUUUUGGAAGUCCCAUGUUUUUUCAACAGAAUCCUUUGACAUAAUUCUAGAGCUUGCGUUCUUAGACGUGAGGUGUUUCUCCUGAAAUCUGUUCAUUUUGGUGUGUGGCUUAUCUUAGGUAUUUUGUUCAUUUAAGCAUGUAUAUAAUGAUCUCAGAAACCGUCUUUCAUUUUUUUUCCUUGCUAUACAUGUAUAUACAUGUAUAUAUACAUGCUAUACAUUGUAGAAAAUAAAAAUAGCCAUGUUAUGUUGCUUCUGUUUGAAGCAUCCUAUAGUAACAGGCAACUCACUUUUUCGUUCUUUAAGUCUGGUGUAGGCGUUUGUCACCAGGUUUUGCUGUAUCUUUAUAUUAAAAAAAAGAACUUGCCAAAAAAAGAACAAAACCACAAAUAGCUCUUAGGACUGAUGAAAAAGAAACUUUCUGUAAGAAGUUGAGGUCACCCUGUGUGGGUAAGGCCAGCCUAUGCUGAUAGGCCUGAUUCAUGAUUUAAGAUCAUUUCAGUAAAAUAUUAAGGCACUGGAUUUUUUAACCUGUUAAACCUGUAUAGGUUAAAAUGAAGUAAUCUGCAAAGGUUGUGCUGGCUGAGACUUAGAUGUUGGACAGAUGGGUUGGAUCUUUACUAUAUAAAGAGAAUUUACCUUGGAAAGUACUUCGACAGGCUUUCACGAGAACAGGUUUGCUCUCCCCUUUUGCCUUCUGUGAUGAGUUUAGUACUGUAAGACUGCAGCAUAAUAGAGCCAUUACUGAGCUAAUGAAAGCAGCUAACCGACAAGUACUUAAUGGGGAACUUGAUAAUGGAGAUUCUCGUGCAAUUGGGGAAAAAGAAGUUCUCUUGGAAGCACAGACUUCACGAUACUUGAAUGAAUUUGAUGAGAUUGCAAGAUUGGGAAAAGGAGGAUAUGGCCAAGUAUACAAGGUCAGAAACAAGUUAGAUGGUCAGUUCUAUGCUAUUAAAAAAAUCAAUAUUAAGAAGGCUACAAGAAGAGAUUGCAUGAAGGUCCUUCGAGAAGUUAAAGUGCUGGCUGGACUGCAGCAUCCUCAUAUUGUGGGCUAUCACACUGCUUGGAUGGAACAGGUUCAAACAGCUUGCCCAAAAGAUAAGACAAUAUUGAAGUUGCAGUCGUUACCCUUGGAACAGGAGAGUGGCAAUGAUCACUGUCACAUUCAGAGUGUGGAAAGUGGUAGUUCAAUUAUUUUUGCUGACCUUACUUCACAAGAAGAAAAGUCUGGCGACAGUACAUAUCUUAGAAAUCAGGAUAGUGAAUUGGUGCAGAAUAUGGAUGUAAGGAAUGAUUUCACUAACAGCAAUAGUAAGGAAAUAGGUAUGAAACCAAAUAGAUGUGAAUCGCCCGUAGAACUACAAGCAGACUCUGUCAGUAGUGUUGACUGUAGAUCAACUGAUUUUAAAAAUGAUUCAUCAUACGGCCAUCCCUGUAGUCUGGAUCUAGAUGCUAGUGCUGGAAGUGAGUCCUGCACUGAAGAGUGCUCUGGGAAUGAUGUAGCUCUCUGUGGAGGGUUCGAGGUGGAGUAUCGUUUGAUGCUUUAUAUACAGAUGCAACUGUGUGAACUGUCCUUGUGGGACUGGAUUGCUGCCCGUAACAGAAGGUGCAGUGAGAAAACAGAGGAUGCUGCUGGUCCAUACCAUCUUGUGGAUGUCAGCUGGACAAUGAAAAUUUUUGAAGAGUUAUUAGAAGGAGUGUGCUAUAUCCACAGCAUGGGAGUGAUGCAUCGAGACAUUAAACCCAGAAAUAUAUUUUUGCAUGGAUCAGAUCAUCAAGUUAAAAUAGGAGAUUUUGGAUUAGCCUGCCAAGACCUCCUUUGGGAUGAUGCAGACCAGUGGUUUCACACAGGAAGGAUAAAUGGACUGACACAUACCUCAGGUGUGGGGACUUGCCUAUAUGCUUCCCCAGAACAGCUGCAGGGGUCUGACUACGACUUCAAGUCAGACAUGUAUAGCUUGGGUGUUAUCCUGCUAGAACUCUUCCAGCCAUUUGGAACAGAAAUGGAAAGAGCAGAAGUUAUAACAAAUGUAAGGAAUGGCCACAUUCCUCGUAACUUCUACAAGAAAUGGCCUGUUCAAGCCAAGUAUGUGAAACUUCUCACCAGUCAGGUAUCCACAGAAAGACCAAGUGCUGCUCAGCUUCGUGACAGUGAGCUGUUUCAUACCACAGAACACGUUAUUUCUAAUCUACAGCAAAAGGUGAGAGAGCAAGAAGAAGAAAUAGAAAAGCUGAAAGAGAAACUAAGACUGCUUUCCUCUGGACAAGAUGAACAUAUGAAACAAGGUUCUCCAGUUUAAGUACAGGAAGAACACAACUACUGUAUGUUAAGUUAUAGAAAAACUUUUUUUUUUUUACAUAAAAAUAGUUUGGUGCA